AACGGAGUGACGGGGUAACGAGCCAGAGCAGUGAGGAGAACCCGGGCUCCUGGAGCCUUCCCUGUUUGUCCGUCAGUCGAUGGGGCGUCAAUAUCGCCUCCCCCCGCCGCCCGCCCGGUGUGACGAGCCUACGCGGACUCUGAUUGCGAGCGGUUUGAGGCGAUUCACGUGUGGGGAUGUUCCACUCGUUCGAAGGCGCCACACGCAGGUGCCAUGCCUCGCCGUUUGGGCUUCACAGUGGUUGACGCAUCAGGCCACGAGGAGGGCUACAGUGCUGUUGAGCUCACGUCGCACGGACCCACAGUGCAAGGAUGGAGAUCGCCACGGUAUUCACUUUAUCCCCAGGAGUUAGUGCUGUGCUUAGAGGGGUCAUGCCAUGUGCAGAAGCUACAAGUGCUAUCCCACCAGUUCCUCAUCUCCUCCAAGCUGGAGAUCUACAUCGGGGAGAGCCAGCAUCAGGGCAGUGCCUACACUCGCCUGGGGUACGUGGCCCUGUCUGACAAUGAGAAGACUGGCUUCCGUGCACGGGAGCUCAAGUCUGUGCAUGUGGAUGCCACUGGCCGCUAUCUAAAACUCAUUAUCCACAAGAACCAUGUCAACAAAUACAACAUCCACAACCAGGUGGGACUUGUAGCAAUCAACAUCCUUGGAGAUGCCGUGGACGAUAAGGAUUCUGGAAGUUACUCUCCUGGGGCAGCUGAUCGCCUUAUUAGCCAGUACCUCAAGCACCAUCCUGAUGAUCCGGCUCUGUCAUCUACCACACAAAGGCAGGAGGAGUUCGAUCCAUUGGACGAUUUAGCGUUUGGGAUGUACGUGGACCCGGAGGUGGCGGGAAUGAUAAGGACGCUGGAUGCACGUAAGCGAGCCGCUGUGAGAGAGGAGAAGUUCCAUGUUGCCAAGACCCUUAAGCAGGCUAUAGCUGACCUGCACAAGGUUGGUGAGCGAUUAGGUCGGUAUGAGGUGGAGAAGCGGUGCGCUGUGGAGCAGGAGGAUUAUGACCUUGCUGAGAAAAAGAAGCAACAGAUGGAGGAAUACCGGCAGAGGGUUUACCAGGAGCUGAGGCUGCAUAAUCUGCUGCAGGAGGAAGAGGUGGAAUGGCUCAGUUCACCUCUUUUUAGAUAUGAAGGUCACGGCACAGAGAUGGGCUCUCCCCGGGGAUUGAGAGGCAGCAACUCGCAGAUAACUUCUCCAGGGAACACGGCACGUACUAAGGGGGCAGCCUUGCAGGAACGUGGGACACCAAAGGGCAUGUUGGCUGCAGGGGAAGACGUGCACACACAUCGUAGUGAGUCUGAACGGAUGUACUCCACCCAGCCAACGCGGCAAAACCCUCCCUCUCAUGAUGAUCGGCCAAUCCCUACGGUGGUGCGGCAGCAGCACAAGGCACAGGACGACGCAGGAGACAAAGACAGUCUCUUGGCACAGGCAUGGGUUGGAGAGGACGCACUCACGACUCCGUCAGCCGAGGGUGGAGACAAAGCAGGGGGAGAACCGUCAGCCAAGCCGGAGGAGGGAGAACCGCGGGGCAGUGGUACCCCAGAGCCGUUAAGCGAGAUGGCGCUCAGAGAGGCUGGGCCGGUCAUUGACGUGUUUGGGGAAGGGCUGGUUGCAGGCGCCUACUCUAAGACGUGGUCGUACCGUGAAGAUGCACUUCUGGCCAUCUAUCGCCAAAUGGCUGAGCUUAAAGAAGGGAUGGCUCGAGAGGAUAUCAGGGCAAUGCUGAGGGCUGCCAUUUUCCUCGUCCGUCGGGCCCUACGAGACCAGGUCACCUCGGUGUUCAGUGCAUCCCUGAAGGUGCUGAAGAUGCUGGUGACCCAGUUUGUUCCCCAGCACCGUCUUGGCCGAGUCGACCUGUCGCACUGCGUAGAGGGCACGCUGCCCGGGCUCAUGGCGCGCACCGGGGACACUACGACACGGCACCGCAACGCCGCCAUGUCCUUCAUACAGGAGCUGGCCUUGCUGCAAGCAGUGCGUGCUUUGCAGCUGGUGCCCCCGGUGUUACUGCAGUCUUUCGGAGCACAUGCAGCAUCACGUCUCGCUAUCAGCCAGCUGGAGCUGCUGCUGCGCCUGUUGCCUGAGCUUGGCCUGGACGGACACGGUCUCACUCCCACCAAUGUCAUGAAGGUGGCCCAGUGUGGCCUGGAUCACACGGGAGCGGAUGUGCGGGAGACCGCGGUGCGGCUCGUGCUCGCUCUCUAUGGGAUGAAGCGUGAGGCGGUGCGUGCCCUGCUGCCCCCGGAUGAUGGCAACACUCGAAGGAACCUGCUCUACCGCGGCCUCUUUGACGCCAUGGACCGCAUUGAUGGCAAACCCACGCAUGCGGAAGUGCAGGUACGCCGCAAGGCAGCAGCCGAAGAGGCAGAGAGGCGUAAACAGGCAGAGAUACAAGUCCUGCAGCAGCAGCUGUCGGCUCUGCACGAAAUCCAGGCACAGGUGCAGCUUACCAAGGAGAAAGAAAAAGGCCGUCCAGGCAAGAAGCGAGCAGAGGAGCCAGCAGUUGCCUCCCAAGGCCCCCAGCCUGUGGAAAAUCCCCCCAGCGCCUUGCCGCAAUUUCUCGAGAACAUCUGUGUGUUCUGUGGGGAGCGGAGCGACUCCUUCACCGACGAGGGGCUGGACGUGCACUACUGGAGGCACUGCCCCAUGCUGCAGCGCUGCGAGCACUGCAAACAGGUUGUGGAGAUUUCAGGCCUCACGGCUCACCGGCUCGGGGAGUGCGAGCGUGGCGAUGGGUACGGGAAAUGCCCUCGCUGUGCGGAGGCCGUCCCCAAAACAAAGUUAUCCGAGCACAUUCAGGCCAAGAGUUGCGCCCCUGCAAAGCCUGAAAGAGUGGCCAAUCGUUGUCCCCUCUGCCACACGGACUUUCCACCUGGAGAGGAGGCAUGGAAGCCUCACCUGGUGAGUAAAGAGGGGUGUACGAAAAAUCCUCGCAAAGAGCAGUACCUCCAACGGCUACUAGAAGCUCCGAAAGGUGGAGGAGCUGCCAAGAGCGGUGGGGCCGGGGUCAAGGCGGGCGGAGCACCGAAGGCACAGCCCCGUGGAGGCAUUCCCAAGCUUCAGCCGGCCAAUAGGAACGCAGCGAAGUGACGAGAUUGUGUUGUAGCCUCGGCGAUUGUAUCCGGUUAUAAUCCUCUUACGACGUAACAAACGAGCAGCAUGUUAACCUAGUUUGAAGAGCGUAUUAAAAAAUAGAAAAUAUGAAGUAUACAUUGGGUUUCAUUCACUUCAUUCAAACUUGUUUUUACAAUUUUUUAAGACUGAAUAUCACGUCAAGUAUAUACGCAUCAAAACAAUGUCGUUUUUUCUGCUUUCAUGAUUUACAACUAAAUACCUACCACUCAACACGACCAAGAGUUAAUUUUUUACAAUUUUACAAUGUUUUUCUUAUUUAAUUGCCUAUUUUUCUUAUUAAUAUAUGCUAAUAAUUGUAAGCCCUUUGUCAAUCCGCUUCUAGGUGAAGGCUUCUAUACCAUUCAGUCUAGGGGGCUGUUUGUAUGUAUGUUGAACGUAGCCAACUGUGCUAAUCGGAGGCGUGGCGGAAGGACAACAAACUAAAUACAAAAAGCAGUUCUAAAUAAAUGAGUUUUCAUUUUAUAUUUAAAAGUGCAUAGCUCCAGUCGCUUCCUAAUUUCGAAAGCAUGAGCGUUCCAGACGGCCGCAGAAGCGCACCUGAAAACGCGCGAUGCAGUGACCCUCUUUGUUCGACGGUUUGACCAUACAGCACAACACUGGUCAGUGCAGGUUAGGAAAGGGCAGUAGGAUCCGUUCAUAUAUCACUUGCCACUGAUGUUAAACGUGAUGUUGAAAUCAGGAAGCCAGACUUGUAGUUCGGUCCGCUAACCCGUGUGCCAACAUUCCUCCCCACUGUACAGUUAAACAUGGCACAAAUGGGAACGCAAUGAGAAAGAAUUUGUAAUAUUGUACGCUCCAGUGCUUUUCAUGUAAUCUUUGCUCGUUAUACAACCAAGUUUACUUAGAGCUGAAGGAGUUACUUUGCAAAUGUGUACUUUUAUUCACAAGAGACUAUGGCAUUAUAUUGCUACUCUCUAAUCGUCCUAUGAACACUCUGCUAAUCAUGACCUUUUCCCAUCACGGAUUUUUUUUUAUUUUAAAUAAUAAAUUAUAUUCAUUGUGAAUAUCAAACUUAUAUAAAAAUCGGAACAAUGUUCAUUCCAACAUUUUGGAAUAUAAGAGAUUACCAUGAAAAACUGUCACAUCACCAUGAUACAUAUUAAAAAAGACACCCAUA